GCGUGACACACAUUCAACGAGACAUAUUUGUGUCGAAACACUGCCGGAGUGAGACAUGCACACGAAUGCUAAACGUCUUUCAAAGAAAAAACAUCAACGAUAUUUAAAAAGGUGUGAGAGGCAAAAAAACAGUCGAACCAGUUUGACUGACUGACUCACUGACUGACUGUUUGACUGACUCACUGACUGACGGCCACAACAACAAUCGGCCCGCCGAAUCACCCCACCGCCCUCGGCUCUUGUCAGAUAUUUGGUGCCAGUCGGAAAAACAAUAACGUAAAAAAAAAGAAGAUGAGCGACGGAGAGUGAAAUAUUUAAGGUGGGCCCCGUCGUCACCUCACUGCAUCGUCUGAUCGACAGGCCUCGGACACCAUCCGGUUCACACGUUCGAUACCCCUCCGGUGUGCAGCUCCACGGACUCCACAAACGGAGACGAGUCCGCAUCGUUACGUUAUCUUCUGUCGGUGCAACGAAGCUAUUUGCCCGUCGGUUCGGGAACACAUUCCAAAAGGGGGGUGGGCUCCAUUGGCACUCGGGACCCCCUGAAAAGCCUUAAUAGCAAAAAUGUGGGUUAAAAAAAAUUGGAAUUGGGUCAAAAUGUAGAUCUAUAAAAAUAUAUUUAUAAUUUUUCGCUCAGCAAUUGUCGAUAAAAUAAAAUACUUUUAAAAGCAUUCUAAUGUCCAGCAACUGUGUAUUCACAAAUAGUGACGCAACAACCCUUUUGAAUUUAAUCGUAUUUGAGUCAUAAUAUGGGAACAAAGAGAACAAGUUAGUAGUUACUGUAUAUUGGGAGAUAACGUUGUAAUUCUCUAUCCAGUGCCGGUAUCUGGGUAACUAUAGAACCAGCCAAUGGACAGAAGUUUCCAAAUUUGGAAUAAGGAGGAGAGAGGAGCCGUUUAUGUCCUGUCAAUCACAGUAAGACCCGCCCUAAGGCAUACCCUGCUUUACUAAAUGAACACCAUGCUGUGUUGAAGACUUGAAACUAGAGAUUGAGACCAUAAACUAAUGUUUACAAUGUUUACUGAGGGAAUAAAUCAAGAGAAGUAGAGUCAUUUAUAUAGACUUCUAUGGAGGUUGCCGCCUCAAACUAAUACUAAAGAGGUCAAAGGUCAGCCACGAUGCCCUGGGGAUGUGACGUUUAAGACACUGUUCUUAUUCAUAAAAAAAAACUAAAAAAAUAUAAAUGCUCUAUUACGUCUAGUUCUUUUUUUUUAGAUCCCAUUAAUCAAACCCUAAUCUCUUCAUCUUAUUUGAUUUUUUUUGUCAUGACAUGACAGGACAGGUAGAAUGACUUCACUCAGCUCAUGUUUUUUUAGGACAUGACAUGACAGGACAGGUAGAAUGACGUCACUCAGCUCAUGUUUUUUUAGGACAUGACAUGACAGGACAGGUAGUUGCUCAGUUCUGAUCCCCAGAUGGGUUUUUGUAUAGCUGAUGUCUCAUCUGAAUGGAAAACUGGCAACAUAAUGAUUUAAUAAGGUUUGUGAAAAAAAAAAGAAGAAGGGAGGGAUCGCCUCAUAAAUCACUCAAACAUCAUGUAUUACUGGAGGAAAGCCGCACGGGUCACGUGACAGAAAAAGGUGCGCAUGUUUCUUGUGGGUGGAUGUUUCGCCUGUCAGGGUCACACCUGUCGGGCGGUGCCUCCAGCGGGGUGUCAGUCUCUCACUCACUCUCACUCUCUCUCUCUCUCACACACACACACACACAUUGGGAGGCUUUGAAAACAGGGGACGACAAUGGCGGAGUGUUAAUGCUUCAUUACCGGUCAGAGGACUUCAAAGUAGGACCGCAGAAGGGGGGUUGAGGGGGGGCGACAUGAAGUACACGUGCAACAAGUCCAGAGCUAAACCGUUCAGCCGUUUGAGCCACAGAAGAGCACUUUGUUUACGCUGCUUUCUCUGCCCAACGUCUGGAGACGUUUAGGAGAGGAGCUGUGUCUGUUAGUGGAGUUGUAAAGUUUAGUGUGUCUGUGUGUGUGUGCUUGUGUGUGUGUGCUUGUGUGUGUGUGUGUGUGUGUGUGUGUGUUUCUUUGGGAGCCCGAGUCAUGGCGCUGUCCCAGGUCCAGUGCCUGGACGACAACCACGUGAACCCGCGGACGCACGAGUCCAAACCGGAGUUCCUGUACUGCGAAGACCAGCGGCUCGCGCUGGAGGCGUUCCUGCUGGACGGUCGCGAGGCGCUCGGGAAGUACCUGUGCGCUAGCGGCCUGCGCGGCUUCCUCUCGGACCCGGAGCUGGAGACGCUCGCCGAGGUGGUGGCGCCUUACGACCCGGGCUCGGAGCUCUUUUUCCCGGAGAACGCCGAGGACGACGACCUGCCGCUGUCGCUGCACUACUGGCCCGAGCUGUCGGACACGUCCGUCCCGCAGAUGGACCUGAGCUGGCCGGGCAACAUCUCUUACCGCGGGGUGACGCGCACCGCCGUGUACACGCAGCCGCCACUGGAGGGUCAGGUGCACAUCAAAGAAGUUGUCAGGAAAAUGAUUGCGCAGGCGCAAAAGGUAAUAGCAGUGGUGAUGGAUGUGUUCACCGAUGUCGACAUCUUCAGGGAUUUGUUGGACGCUGGUUUCAAGAGGAAGGUUUCCGUCUACAUCCUGUUGGAACGCACAACUCUACCUCAUUUCGAGUCCAUGUGUCAGAGGGCCAACAUGCACGCCGGGCACCUCAAGAACCUCCGUGUCCGCUGCACAGAUGGAGAAGACUUCUACAGCCGAUCCUGCACAAAGGUCAGAGGUCGAAUGGGACACAGGUUCAUGUUCAUCGAUGGAGACAAAGCUGUGUCUGGAUCAUACAGCUUCACUUGGAUGUCAUCGCGGCUGGACAAAAAUCUCAUCACCGUGGUUACGGGCCAGGCGGUGGAGGCCUUCGACAGGCUGUUCUGCGUCCUCUACGCGACCUCCAGCUCGGUUGACCUCCGGCAGGUCACCACGGAGCCUGAACCCAAACUGGAGCCCCUCCCAGAGCCGGUUCCGGCGGCCGCUCCUUCUGCCGCUAUGGCUAGGAAACUGUACAGCCCCAAAUACGCCCUGCUCGCUUUAAGCAGCCCCAACCCCGUCCCUGCCGACCCCAAAGAGAUCCAGAGUCCACAGACCUCCAAGAACCCGGAAACCAAGCAUGGGAGGCGGAAGACGGCGGGCAAAGAACCUAUCCAGGAGGAUCCUCCCCUCCACCCCGGACUCACCGAUCUAGAGAAAGUGUGUAUGAUGUCGUACCUGCCCACCUGGCCGGAACCCGACCCCGCAAGCGACGUAAUCGGGUUCAUUAACAUUCGCGAUAACAGAAAACAGAAUCAGGUCCAUCAGAGAUCCGAGAUGUUCGAAACCAGCCAAGCGAUCCGGUUUAGCAGUCCGUUCAGCAUGCCGAAGGAAACCCUGCCGGAGGUCGCCACGCUCAGACAGGUCACCGCCAAACCGGGCAACGCAGAGCCUGUGAAGACCAGCGAAGCAGAGCCACCUGCAUCUGGACCGCCGUGUGACUCUGACACGACGGUAACGGCCGCGCACCUGCGUCCUCCAGAUGCGCGCUCGCAAGCUGUUCACGCGCGGCCGCGAGACUCCUGCGAAAUGACCCCGAGCGCUCGCUCUCCCACCGCCAACGACACGACCUCUUCUUCUACUCCUGUCAGCUCGUUUUCGGAAAACGGUCCCGUCUCCGCCGCUACGAGCAGGACCGUCGGUGCCUCUUCUCCUUCGUCCUCUUCUUCCAUUCCCCCGCUCACCUCUUCUUCGACAACACCCAAUCCUCCCCUCACAUCCUCCUCCUCAGCAUGCCCGUCCUCAACCCCUCCCCCCCCCGUCCCUAAACCUCGUACAGUCCAGCUGGUUAUGAAAGGCGCCGUCGCCGGCGAGGGCCAGAAGCUGCCGGAGUUCAGCGUCAUCGGGAAGCUCGAGACGAGCGCGGGGUUCCGCGAAGAGCGCGCUCUAGCGGCCGCGGCACAGGCUUCGGCAGAAAGAAGUGCGCCCGAGACCGCCGGACACAAAGCCGAGUCAGAUGUUGUGAUUGCCGAGGCGCCAAAGGCGGCGAGCGUGAACAUUCGAGAAAUAAUCCCGACAGAUGUCGAGCGCGAGACUUCGAUGUCGACAGACUGCAAAUCGACGUCGCGGACGGAGGGCGUGGUCGCGCUCCAGGCGAAGACGAAGGCCUCAGAAAGAGAAUCGACUGGCUGCGAGUUUUCAGCGAAGGCAAAUGAAACAAGGGAGAGCGUGUCAGAAUGCAAAGCACACCUCGCGAGAGCACACGCACCUCAGACGGUGUCAUACAGCGAGUUGACUGCAAAGGACGUGUGUGCGUUAGAGAUAACGAAAGCUCCGUGUUUCACACCAAGUCUUGCCUUCCAGGAACAAAUCCCGAAAGCGCAGGCGAGCACGCACACGCCUGAAAGACCCCGGCGCUUGCACCUCUACGACACACACGUGCCCGACUUCCGGACGCCGACGCCGGACGGAUUUCUCCCGCCCACACCGGACUCGCGGACGCCCACGCCCGAUUUCCGAACGCCGACAUCCGACGGGUACAUAUCGCCCAAAACGGACUCGGAGGAGUAUUAUGAGUGCAACGACUCCCUUUUACACGAGACGGUUUUUGACCAAGCAUAUUUUCGCAACCCCGGGGCGACGGAGGCCCACGUUAGCUUCACGCACGGCAAUACUCCCAACGCCGCGAGCACCACCUGUGCGGCUACUUUAGGCGUAGCAGACAGCAGUGCCUUUGAGAGUGAAACGGAGAGUUGGUCCGGGUGUAGCGCCUCCUCUUUGUCUUCUUUAAAAGGGACAGCGGCCCAUGAAAAUGUAGUAAAGGAGGGAAAAGAGGAUGAAAGGGGGAGCGUGGACGAGGGAGAUUACCAGGAAACGGAGAGGAGAGCAGACCAUCUUCAACGGGGCGAAGAUUCAACGUGGACAGAAGGGGAGGUCAAAGCCCCGAAGAGAAAGAGGGCGCUGAACCAAUCGGGAGCGGAGAAGCCGGUCGACACGGGAGCGGCUCCUGGAGAAUCGACCAAUGAGAGAACGGCGCCAACGCGGUUGUCCACAGGUGACCUCAAAUUAAGGAAGUCUUCUUCUGAGAGAAAGACACCAGACAAGGAGAAGGCGGAGGAGAGGGAGGCACUAGGACCCAGCGGAGACACUGACGGGCAGAAGCUUUUGCACACGCAACACAAAGCUCCACGAGGACAGCGGCGAGACGGCGAAGCGGCGUCCCCUCCCCGACCGUCCGGACCCCCUCAGCCCCUCUCGAUCACCCAGGCGGAGAGCAAGGCGCUCCACACCGGUUUCCCGAGCGCGGACGGCCGCUCGUCUCCUCGCGAAGUCGCCCACGGCCAGCGGGGCCACGUCUCUCGACAGCCUCCGGCGGCGCAGGGCAGAACGACAGGCGGACCGCCUAGUCAAACCCCUUUCCCGAAAGCCGAGGCCUCCCGGAGCCCGACGGCAUCGCCGAAGGAAGGCCACCAGCAGGAGGGGGAAGGAAAGACCCCGUUUAGCGUCACUUUCAGCCGGCUGUACAGCCUGAAGAACCUGAGGGACAAGGUGAGCAAGCUGCCGGCACAGAGCAAAGGAGGCAGCGCCGGCUCUCCUGCACGCGGGCGCAAGAGCACGAGCUAGUCUGCCGCCGUCGUCCCGGCAACCCCGCGCGUCCAGCCAAAACACGAGGCGAGUUUGUAUCAAGAUUUAAGAAAAGGACUGGGGAACUUAUUAUCGCCGGCAGUUGUAGUGAACGUCUGACCUUUGACCUUCGACCCCUGUGACUUGUGGUACCUGCCUGCUUCCCGAGGACGCACGGUGUCGCUCACUACUGGACCGGACUGUGUCUCAACUUUUUAGACUUUUUAGAACUCUGAUGCUUUUCAGCCCGAACAAUGGAGUUGUUUAUACAAUUUUUUUUCCACAUGAAAAAACGUUGAAAUUGUUUUACAAACGAUUUUCCUUUUACAUAAAACUGCACAUGAGUCGAGCUGCCUCGACCUUCGAUCACCUCGACGUUGACCGUGGAUCCAGAAAAGACAAAAGCAGCCGCUUCCUGGUUCUACCUCCACACAGACUUUUAAUGAAAUAUCUUCACCAAUAUGUCAUGAAAUAUGUCGGAUCUUCUUUGCCUCCAGUAGUUCGGUAUCUCAGGACGGGUAAAAAAUGUUUUUAAAAAAGGCUACGAUCACACGUUUGAUUCAAGCAGAACAUGAAACGUGUGCACGUGAUGUAUUUAGU